CUACAGAACAGGGGGAUUCCCCGAGGGAAGUUCCCAACUCAAACUAGGCUAUGUAAAACAUACAUAGCCAUAUCCUCUCCGGCGCUUCGUAACUUUGCAUCUGAAGAUUAGGCGACGACUCUGCGGUGGUGUCAACACAAUAAAUUCGACUUUAGCAGCUACAUGAAUGAAGGGCUCAUGUCUGCUGUGUCAGGGAUGAUUGUGGAGCACACGGCAUGGAAAGGAACAUUGGAGACCAGCUCAAUAAAGCUUAUGAAGCUUAUCGCCAGGUCUCCAUUGAAAAGGACAAUGCUAAAAGGGAACUGCAACAAAUGAGUGUGUAUUAUGAGAGUUUCACUCAAAAACUUCAAAAGCAGAUAGAGGACCAGCAGCAGUUGAUUUCCAAACUUGAAGCUAAGUUAUCUUCAACAAGGCAACCACCAGAUAUGAAAUGUGAGCCUAUCUACCAUCUCUUCGAUGGGGCCAGCGCUUAUAAAAAAGUGCAGUACCCGGACAACAUGGGCACUGUUGCUCCUAUUAUGCCAGUCAACAGCAGCGUUGACUAUCAGGACAUGUUGGAAGCAUUUGAAGCAAUUCAAGGGAAAUUCCGGCAGAUUCGCUCUCUUACCAGAAGACAAAAAGAUCACCUAAAAAGAUUCCAUGCAGGAAAUGAUGCAUCAAACGGUAAUGAUCAGCGGUUUUCCAUGCCCAUCCAGUGCACAGACCGUACAGCAGAGGCACAGAGACCCUUCUCCGCAGUGCUCAGGUCAGCGGUGGAUAUUCCAAUCCCGCCGACGUCUCUGGCGUCCCGCGGCACCAGCCCCGAGGACAGGGACUUAGUAGACUCUUUCACCAAACUCAGUGUCAAAUUCCCGCCCUCUGCGGACAGUGAAUAUGACUUCCUGAACAGUGCACCAGAGAGACACAUUGGUCUGACCAUGCCCACCAAGCGGCCUCUCAGUACUGUUCCCUCCACAUUGUCAGAAGAGGAGCCCGUGGAACUACCCAUGCCUUUUGUCUACCCCCCAUCCCCCUCCCACUCAACAUCAUCUUCGCUCUCCCAGGAGAGCGUGCGGGGACCCCAGCAGCUCCUCUGGAGCCCUAGGCUGUGUGAUGCAGCUGAUGUGGGGACAGAGCUGGAGACGCCUCCGAGCAGCAGUCCUGAUAAAUGUGCUUUCUGCCACGCUGUGGUGUCUCAGGAGCGAAUGAACAGCCACCUCUACUUACAUUGCUCUCCUAAAAACGAAGCCGACAAUUGACAGUGGAAGCAGAGACUGGCAAGGCCCCGGCUACUCUGAGACUUGUUGUUCUCAUGGUGUAGUCCUACCCGCCAUGAACAACAUGCCAGUACAGGAUUUGAAAUGACACUGCAAUAGGACUUGAAUCCAUUUAUUUAAUAUAGAAGAAUUGAAUGGUACACUUUCUUGCCCAUUAUAUUUUUCUAAUAUCACGCUGAGAUUUUACUCUAGUACUAAGUGACAAUGAUACGGUAAUAAUAUGGUAUAUAUGAGCAAAUAAAGCCGACAUUUACUCUUUACAUUUUAUAUCAUUGGAUUGGUUUUCAAGAUGUAAAUAUAAAUGGGGUGCUCAUCAUAAGUUUAUCCAUACAUUAAGCGCUAAAAUGGACAAGAUUUGCAUUCUUUCUGCAAGAUGUUUAUAAAUUAUUAUGCCAAAACCUAAUUUGCAUUAUUAAUAUGUAGUUACUUUUUAAAGAAAUGAUUUGCUUUGUAAAUUUGCAAUAUUUUUUGUUGAAUUAAGACACCUUUACCUCUUUUUGUUGGCAGCAAGAUGUGAUAUCUCAGAACAACCAGCGCUACACCCGGCUUCAUUUUAGCUGGACUCAUCAAUGAGAGCCAACAUAUAGAGGAGGUACCUGCACACUUAGAUAUGUGCAACAUUUUCCACUUUCUUUUUGAGAUUUCGGUCUAACAGCCCUUCAUUAGAGUAUACCUCGUAUAUAUCAUAUCUCAGAACAGAUCUUUUCCAAAACAUGACGUAUUGAUUAGCACUCUUUAGACUGGCACUACAUUCCCAUCGUUCUUUCGUGUUGUUUACUUCAACCAGGAUAAUUAGAAGCAGAUGAAUGUCAUUAAUGGUGCGGGGAGAUGGGAACAUUUCCAACUUAGAAAUUAUUUUAAAAGGUAGUAAACCAUGUACUCAUUAAGAGUCUCCACAGAUGGCAACAUCUAACAUUAGGCACAAGCUUGUUGUUAAAUCACAUGGCCAUUACAUACAGUGUUUAUGUAGGCAUAAUCAUUUUAAUUGACAAAUGAACAUUAAUACUCCAGAGUUAUAAUAUAAGACAUUCCAGGUGUGCCAGUUUAAUGUGUAAUUUAAGCUAAUAUUAAGAAAAUAAUAGUUGUAGAAAAACAUAUAGAAAAUUGAUACAUAAGAAGAUUAGGGCCAUAUGCGGAGAAUGUAUUUCGGCAUAUACUGUAUGUCAGCUAUACUGAAACAUCAUCUGUUCUAUUUCCAAAUGACAAUGUAUUUUACUGAAGAGAAUUAGGGUUCAUGUGAAACAUUUAUUUCAGUUAGUUUAGAGUCAGAAUACUCUCUUUAAACUGGCUUACAUUUUCUUAUAUGGCCUUACUCUUUCCAUAAAAUACAUUGUGAUUUGGAACAGAUCAUUUUUAAGUCUGUCACAUUUCCCAGUGUGCACACAACUAUCAUUUCACUGAGUCUUUUCUGAACAGCAGCAUCGGCUUAUUGCAUGCAGCAGUAUUUAUUCACACCUUUACAAACAAUUUCAGUGAUUUUCACCAUUGGGCGUGAUGAUGUUUGAGGAAACGAAACACUGUGUGAGUGUGUUGGAACACUGUGUUGUGCAGAGAGGACCUUGCAGCCCUCAGCUAUGGGCUGCUAACACUUGCUGCGUAGAUGAGCUAGUGUGAAGACUGCAAACAACCUUUUUUAAAUCUCUUUAAGUGUUUGGUAUUCUUACUAUAUACCACUUAUCAAAUACUGCUUAACAGACUGAUUGAUUUGUUAUAUCAAUCUUAAACUGAUAUUUGCGUUGCACAUUUCACUGUGUUUCAUUAAUAGCUCUGAAGGGUGUAAACAUAUGCAGAGUAUUAAUGCAAUAAACCAUUCUUGUGAGUCAUUGAACUUAGAGAAGAGCCUUCCUAAGAUACAACAUGCCCACCAUGGAUACGUAGGAAAGAAUUUAUUCAGAUUUUAUUUUUUUUGGCAAAUGCAUAUCCCUAAUGAUCCUCUCUGGUUAAUCUGUGAAGAGUCGAACAUUGUGCAGCCUGCAUGCUUUUCUCUCUGGGAUCAUGAACAGCUGCUUGCUCAUAAUUAUGUUGUCAUUCAUUGUUAUUUGGAAGAGGGUACUCAUACUGACAGCUAGAAUUUUUUUUCUAUGCUUCCGUACAUUGUACAUUUACACUGCUUGUGUGUGCAGUUGUGUGAACUGUUUUAGAAAAGUCCACUUCAGCUUUUUUUGUCACCAUCAUUUCCAGAAGAAUAUAAGAAGUGCCAUAUUUCCAUUUGAUACCAAAAGGCAGUAGAUUUUAGAUGGAUUUAAGAGCUGUUAAAAAAAAUGAAAGGGGACAAAAAAAAGGAGAAGGAUAUGGAUUGAGAUGGAGAAGUAGCAGGCUGAUUAAAAGGUGUCAACAUUGCCAGGAGCAAGAAGGUGAAAGCAAUCAGGGGUGAGAAGAGUGCAGCAUUUGUGAGGGGCAACUAAUUAUCCAUCUCAUUUAAGGAGAGAAGCAUUUGAGGCAGCUCUAGCCCACUGAAUGGUGACAGAUUGGUGCGGAGGAGAGGGGAGGUGUUAGAACAAUGGAGCCCAGCUCACCAUCAUUACUGCAUGCUAAUCAGCAGUGCUUCUGCACCACCAGUCGGUGCUGCGGAGAGUUCGGGCCGAGACAGGAGAGUCACCGGCUUCAGGGGACCAGCCGACAAGAGAGGGGGGGAAUGAUGCACAGUACGGCUGUCUGCACUUAUUUGACUUUCUAGUUUAUCCUAUGCAUCUAUUGAUCUAUGUGGCCUGUGUCAUCCGCUUGGAGGAUUAAUGCCACUAAAAGUUUAAAUCAGUAAAAUAGAAAUAAAUAGUAUACAUUUUAGGAUUUCAGACAGUGGCAAUGUUAUUCAAAUGCCGAUACAACACAAUGUCUAUGAGACUCAAUAAAUGCACAUUCAGUCUAUAUAAGCAAAUUACAUUUAAAUUUAUGAAAACGAAAAAUAAGGAAAAAGGAGAUGGAAAAGUAGUAGAAAAGCUCAAUAAAAUGAUACAAGAACAGGCUAGAUAAACCAAGAAAAUAAUUCACUACUUUGUUGUGAGUACUGCAGAAAUAAUUGAUGAAAAAAUUCAAAUCAGAGUCAUCAUUAUAAUUUCAUAAAAUACACAUAAAACAAAGCUAGUUCACAUGGUUGCAACACAUUACUUAUGGUGUCCCUUUCUUUGUCAAUUUGUUCAGCUGUACUGAGUUCUGUGUUCGUGUAACAAUGGUGUUCAAAAACUGAUAAAAACAGCUUUGUGUUCCUGAA